AUGAUGAAAGAAGAGAUGUCCAUUAAGAAGCUCAUAGGUAUUAGUUAUGAUGAGGAGCAUAUGGCAUCUGAUCUUCAUCACGAUCCAUCAAAUACUCAUCAAGAGCGUCCGUUCCGUAUUCGGUCGAUUUUAAAUAGAUUAAAAUGCAGUACUAUAGAUAAUAAUAUCGGUUUAAAUCAUAAACUAUGGGAUUAUAUGGAAUAUAUACCCAGUAAAUUAGUGUCUAAGGAGAUUCUUCUUUUGUGUCAUACAGAAUCGUAUUUAGACGUGGUUAAACAUUGGACAGACCACUUUAAGGAGCUAUACAAGACUAAAAGAGGAGGAAGAGGUGUAAAAAAUCCACCUUGUCUCUAUCCUCUUGAUGAAGAUACGUAUAUGACACCAGACAGCGGGAAGGUUGCUAAUUUAGCAGUUGGUUCUGUUAUAUCCAUCUGUGACGAGCUGAUUAAAGGGUACAAGGAUGGGAAAGUAUCAAAUUCAUCUUCUAUAAGAAAGGGGUUUGCUAUAGUUCGCCCACCUGGUCACCAUGCUACUUCCAAUAGAAUGAUGGGUUUUUGUAUUUAUAACAAUAUAGCUAUAGCUGCAAUGUAUUUGAGAAAGCAACAUGAAUUGAAGAGAAUAGCGAUAAUUGAUUGGGACGUACAUCAGGGUAAUGGAACUCAAGAAAUAUUUUAUGGAGAUCCGAAUGUUUUGUUCGUAUCUAUACACAGAUAUGGAACCGGUGACGAUAAGUUUUACCCAUAUAUCGGUUCUAUUGAUGAAAUGGGCGAAGGUCCAGGUUUGAAAUAUAAUGUAAACAUACCACUGGAGCGUGAGUUUGAAGAUGCUGAUUUAAUGUAUGCAUUUUCUUCAGUUGUAAUACCUCUUUUAGAUAAAUUUAAACCAGAGUUUAUCUUGGUAUCAUCAGGCUUUGAUGCUGCAAAGGGUGAUCUUUUAGGUGGUUGUAAUCUUAGUCCAAAAGGUUAUGCAUGGGCAACAACUAAACUUUGCACAAUAGCGGAUAAAUAUUCAGAAGGUAGGCUUUUAUUGGUAUUGGAAGGUGGUUAUGAACCUGUGAUGUUAUCCAAGUGCGUUGAAGCUGUCACAGAGGCACUCUUAAUCCACGAAUUAAAUAUGGGAAGAACGGCAGACAUUAAGGAACAAAAAGAUUCAGAUUUAGCAAAGCCUAGUACAAUAAACAUAUGUUCAGCUUUACAAAAAUUGUUAGAAAUCAAUGAUAUAAUACCAGAAUUUAAAUCUCUAAGGUUAUUAAAUGGAAAUUUUGGAGGUGAUGUUGUUUCGCCAAGAUCGCUUAAUAUAAAAUGGAAACCAUAUCCACAUAAACUAUCGGAUAACAUAUUUGUUAUAGCAGGCGGUCACCAGAAUCAAUGGAUUCUACCGACUAGCAAGGAUUGUAAUGAAGUUGCGAAAUUGUGUUCAGAACGUGAGUCCGCAUUUUAUGAAUGGCUGUACGUUAUUAAUAGAAAACCACUUACAAUACUGUCUAAAGAAACCGAGAACAUGAGGUUGGAAUUUGCAAAUGGUUUGGAAGACACAUGCUUAAGUGGAUUGCGUUUUAUAGAAGAAGGAAUAGAUCAUGACAAGGAAACAAGGACAGGACACGACAUUUGUGCCGAGCAAAAACCUUUAUAUAGGGACGAUGUUGCAAUUAAAGUCAUAGAUUUCAUAACGGAAUGUUCAGCAAUAUGUAGACCGUCAGUAUUUAAAAAGUGGGAAUUAAGUUGUAAACACACUUCAGCCAUUCGUAUUAGAAACGCGUUGUAUGGUAUGAAGGAACCGUGUGUCAUGGAUUUGAAAAUGGGAUCAAGACUCUAUGGUGAUGAUUGUACUGAUCCUAAACUCAUAAAGAAGAAGGAGAAAAAGGCAAAAAAACGGUCAUGCAAAACUCAUGGAUUUCAUCUUUCGGGUAUGUUUAAAUGGAACAGAACUGAAAGUAACGCACAAUAUUUGCCACAAUCUUGUGCGUAUUCCAUGAGAACCGAUUAUGAGCUGGUGGAGUCCUUCAAGUUGUAUUUUAUGCUGGCUCAAGACAAGGAGAUCAUUACAAGAAUAAUAGACAAAUUAUUAUCAAAGCUGAAUGAUCUCAAGGAUAUCUUUGAGAAGCAAAAGUAUUUGGCCUUUUAUGGUAGCAGUUUGUUGUUUGUGUUUGAUUCAGACAAAAGAGAUCCAGAAAACAUUGUUGAAAGCGCCAACGUUUAUAUUAUAGAUUUAUCUCACGUAUCUCAUAAUGUUGGUGAGAUUGAUUCAGGUUAUCUUUUGGGUGUAACUUCUAUAAUUCGCUUGUUAGAAGCGGUUAAAGAUGAUAUUCGUGAUCGUCUCGGACACACUUCCAGAGAUAGAUUAAAUUGUUGCAGUUUUUGUCUAUAUUUAAUUUAA